AUGCUAGAAGGGGGUUUGUACAACUACCUGGAAGCAGCUGCUUUUGGUGGACAAUGUUUUGGCUUACAUAUGGGAGACAAACAACAGAGCAACUUGGGAGAUGGGAAUGCAAACCAGACCCAAAGAAGUAUUCUAAGGUAUCAGUAUUUCCACAAUCACUUCCUUGGUACCUGCUUGGAAAGUAUAUAUGGUGGCAAUCAUAUUAGGGUAUUCAAGCAAGAAACCACUGGUGCUUACUUUCUGAGUUCCUCUGCAGAAAAAGACAGCAGCAAGAACCAUCAAUUGGGUCUUAAUGCAUAUGACUCUGGCAGGGAUCUCUUUGUCGGUAAUGCUACAAAUAUAGCUAUUGAGGGGCACUUGGACAUCAACACUACUUUUACUGGAGAAACUGUUAAAAGAGGGUGGAGAUAUAGAACAACAGUGAAUUAUGUUGAUGACCUGGUACCAGUGAACAGAACCAGAUGGAACCAUUAUACUGGGGUGCAAGCUGUUGGUGGGGAGGUUUCUGAUGGGCUUGUAGCUGUGUUGACCAUACAGGUAACAAAAGAUGAUCCUGGGCUUUUGGCUGAUCAAGUGUGGUCUGCUUUGGGAAUGUAA